CCAAAACACUAGAGAAAAUUUACAUCAGGCAUCUGUUUGUUUGCUAAUCCAGUCGCAAAGCGGAAGAUUACCCCGUUCGAUCCUGGUCCACCGCUCACGCAAGCUGAUAAUUUCUGGGAUAGCUUAACUACAGCAAAGGUGACCAAUACGCCAGACAGAAUGGAGCCCAAAAAAGGAAAUAAUAUCAACAUUUAACCCGAGCUCUGGUGAUAUUUUUGCAUUAGCGACAACGGAAUUUCGAGUUUGUGCAACAGUGGACAAAACCAGCGCAAUAGUGGCGAAACGACGACCUACGAAAAUGGCCCUGAAUGGAUUUUUGGAGUUUUUCCAGCGGGAGAAAACCUUUCGUCCAAAGAAACGCUUCACGCAGGGGACGAUUCGCUACUCGUUGCACAAGCAGGCUAAUGCUAGUCUCCAGUCUGGGAUUAAUCUGAAAGAGGUGGUUAAAUUACCUCAAGGAGAAAACAUGAACGAUUGGCUCGCAGUGCAUGUGGUGGAUUUCUUCAACCGUAUCAAUCUCAUCUACGGCACUAUAUCGGAGUACUGUAACGAAACAACUUGCAAAACAAUGAGCGGUGGUGCCAAGUAUGAAUACCUCUGGGCGGACGGUGAAACCUACAAAAAGCCCAUACAACUACCCGCACCUCGGUACAUCGAGCUGCUUAUGGAUUGGGUGGAAAACCAGAUAAAUAACGAACACCUCUUCCCCGUGUCGACGGAUGUGCCAUUCCCAAAGACGUUUCCAAGUUUAUGCAAAAAAAUCCUCACCAGGUUGUUUCGAGUGUUUGUGCAUGUCUACAUCCAUCACUUCGAUCGGAUUUUCAGUAUUGGCGCGGAAGCGCACGUGAACACAUGCUACAAGCAUUUCUACUACUUCGUUGCUGAGUUCGAUCUGAUGUCAGCGAAAGAGUUGGAACCGCUUGCGGUCAUGACGGCGCAGAUGUGUAAAGACUAAAGGAGACGAUUCGCUUUAAAAGGGCCAAACACGCAGAUGAAGAUGUCUCCACGAGCAUACAAGCCAACCAUGCUUGGUCCAUACAAAAGUUGUCAAGUGGCAAGCAAGCAAACAAACCUACGGACAAGUUGUUUGACUAUGCAUACUUGUGAAAAAGGGGAAGAGAAAAAUGGAAAAAGCAAACAAAAAAUAUCUUAAACAAAUGGCGGUGAAUAACAAAAGCUGGUCGUGUUUUUCGCUUUUUAAUAAAACCGAAUGACUGUUCGAUGAAG